AUGACCGACUCGGAUACAAUCCAUACAAUCCCCGUCCUCAAUGAGGAGGGUUCGCGCCAAUCCCGGCGACCAACUCGCCUUCCACCCUCCAGGAUCUACACCAUUAACACCUCCCACCAAGAAUCAACAACUACAACAACGGGACCAAAGACAGCGCCGAUUGGUCUUUCAUCCAGCCCUUUUCGCCACUCCAAUCACAGCACAGGCAACAUCAAUACCACCACCAGCAAACCCCACAGCGACAUUAUUAGCAGAGGUAGGAGUUUCUCCACCAGCAGCAACAAUAGGGAUAACAGUAACAACGUGAGCGGCAUCGUUGGAGGCAGGAGCAGGAGUUUCUCGACGAGCAGCGGUGGAGUCGUUCCCCUAUCCCGUGCCGACUCGGAGGCCUCCCGUCUGGCGCUCGAGGCCCUAAUCCAGAAGCGCCUCGAUCGGAUCACCCAACGGCUUGACGAGUUUAAUUUCCAGUCGCAUGAACUCUAUGCCCGGACAGAAACCCUCGCUAAAUCCUUCCAUGACAACGCCAAGCGGCUCUACAAGGUCGAGGACCAUCUCUUGCGGGUCCAAGGCAAACCUGGCCUGUCGGAUGCCUAUCUCGAGAACGGAGGCUCAACUCGACGGAGGAGGUUGACAAAUGAUCUGGAGGAACUGAGGAUGGGUGUCAAGACUCUGCGCAAGAAGUUUCAGGCCGCCGGCUCUGUUGUAUCAACGGUCGAAUGGUGGAAACGUUUGAAGGACGUUGGGCAGGACGGCACUGAGGGGGAUGGUGAUAGUAACCCUGCCCGCACGGAGAAUGACCAGUUGUUGAACGACCUUGCUGUUUCGUCUCGUCCCUCCUCUUCCCCCCUGUCUGCGUCAACCUCACCUGUCGUCGUCCCUGAGAAAUCAAGAUCACCGUCGUUGUCGUCGUCUUCAUCAUCAUUCAGUAGGACGUUGAGUAGGAAGGAAGGUCAAGCACUCCAAAAGAUCAUGACCGCACCCGACGCCAUGGCUACUGUCUAUGUCGCCUCCUCGACCUCGACACAAGACACCAUCCCCUCUCUUGACCCUUCUUUGCCACAUGGUGCUUCUACUCCUGCUCAGGGUCUCAGAUCGCCUCCAUUGACACCCAAGAGUCCACCAACCCUCCUCGGCUCCUUCAUCCAGAGAGGUCACCUCGACAACCUUUUGCAUACCCCCACCAACAUCAAGGCGCGCCCUCUUUCUGUCAUUCAUGAUCUGGAAGAGCCCCCUCUCCAACUUCCCAUCUCACCCCGUAACACUGCAUGGACAAGGGAGUCAAAGGACACCACUAUCGCCGCACCGACCCUGACUGACGAUACCAUUCACCUUGAUAAUCAAGAUGAUUAUGCCAUUCCUCUUGCAUCAUCCUCAUCCGUCCAAGGCUCACCACCACCACUCCAAAGCAACAACCAUAACAGGAACGACAGCGAUAACGAGUCUCGACCAGUCUUCUUGGAAAUCUUUACCCCACCGUCACCUGCUGCAUCUGUAUCAUCUGCAUUUGCAUUUGCAUUUGCGGGCAGUGAGACGGCAGAAACUGUGUCCCGAUCGACUGAGCCCAUGCCUUUAGUUGAAAUUCCUGGGGUUGAAAAUGCAGGCUGUGGUGAGGGGCUGCAGGGCAACAACAAACCGGCUGAGCAAGUCAGCAAGGACGACGGUGCUGACGAGGAGGAGAUGACAGGUUUGGAUACAACCUCCUCAAAGCUUUCGCCGGCUACUGUAGCGGCACCAGUUCAGGAACAUGACAGCGUCUCAUCGACUCCAGUCUCAGGAACAAGUCUCGCCUCAGACAACAAAGAUGGACUGGCGUUUGCCACCUCCCUUCAACCCGAGGUCAGCAAGGACGCACCAGCUAAGGAAGCAUCAUUGAUCGCCGAGACCGAUGCAGAGGACACAUGGGUCCAAUUCCUGUGGAAGGUCCUAAUCCGCCUCGAGUACUUCCUCCUCGGAACCGCGGUCCUGGGUGCCAUGAUGCCUGAAUCCCUUCCAGCCCUCUGUGCCGGGUUCCUGUCCGCGAUCCUCUAUGGGGCUCUGGUGGUCCGGCACCGCAUCCUUGCUGGCCCCGAGAGUGAAGCCCCGCGACCUCCUGUUGGCACCAAGGGAUUUGCAGGUGGAGUUGGAGUUGGCAAGAGGAGAUAUCGUGUGCGAGAAUAA